GCCAUGGGCCUGGAGCUCUACCUGGACCUGCUGUCCCAGCCCUGCCGCGCUGUGUACAUCUUCGCUAAGAAGAACGGCAUCCCCUUCCAGCUGCGCACCGUGGAGCUGCUCAAGGGCCAGCACCUCAGUGAUGCCUUUGUCCAGGUGAACCCACUGAAGAAGGUACCAGCCUUGAAGGAUGGGGACUUCAUCUUGACUGAGAGUGUGGCGAUCCUGCUCUAUCUGACACACAAGUACAAGGUCCCUGACCACUGGUACCCUCAGGACCUGCAGACCCGCGCCCGUGUAGAUGAGUAUCUGGCAUGGCAGCACACAACUCUGCGGAGAAAUUGCCUACGGGCCCUGUGGCAUAAGGUGAUGCUCCCUAAUUUCCUGGGCGAGCAAGUAUCUCCCAAGACACUGGAAGACACAAUGGCUGAAUUGGAUGUGACCCUGCAGUUGCUCGAGGACAAAUUCCUCCAGAACAAGGACUUUAUUGUCGGACCCCACAUCUCCCUGGCUGAUCUGGUAGCCAUCACUGAACUCAUGCAUCCCGUGGGUGCUGGCUGCCAGGUCUUCCAAAGCCAACCCAAGCUGGCUGCAUGGCGCCAGCGAAUAGAGGCUGCAGUGGGGAAGGACCUCUUCCAGGAAGCUCAUGAGGUCAUCCUGAAGGUCAAGAACACUCCCCCUGCAGACCCCACCAUAAAGCAGAAGCUGAUGCCUGGAGUGCUAGCCAUGAUCCAGUGA